AAUUUUAUAUUUCAAGACGGGCCAGCGAAGCCCAAGUACCCAAAAUUAUAGAACGCUUUCGGGAGACGACGACCUCCUCCCCACCCACCAUCUUCUUCAUUCUUCAAUCCCUAAAACCCCCCAAGAUGGCCGGAGGUAACCACUCCAAGGCCCCACCACACAACAACAAGCCUUCCUCUUCUUCCUCCGCCUCUAACCGCAAAUCCCGCUGGGAAUCCUCCCCCUCCACCAGUCUCAAAAACAACCACCCCCACCCACCCGACCCGACCAAACCCCCCAAGCCCACCACCACCACCGGCCCAUCCCCCAAUAAGGGCCCCACCGCCAGCCCCGCCAACCCCAAGCACCCGCCCCUCCCCUCUCCCGGCGCCGCCCCUCCUUUCCCCUUCCCGGACCCCGCCGCGUUCGGCCCGCCGCCCCCGCCCGUCUACGGCUUCCACAACCUCGAGCGCCGCACGAUCGUUCUCGCCGACGGUAGCGUCCGCUCCUACUUCGCCCUCCCGCCAGAUUACCAGGACUUCCCUCCUCCUCCUCCUCCUCCUCCGCAUAUGGACCCGUCGGGGCGGUUCUUGCCGCUCGGGCAGGGCCGGCCGGCCGCCCCGGACUACUGGAAUUCGCUUGGGCUGGACGGCCGUGGGCCCCAGGAAGGGUCGAUGAAGAGGAAGUUUGGGGAAGAAGAGGAGCUGAGGGAUAAGGGAGAAGAGUUGGCCAAGCGGCGGCAGCAGUUGGUGCAAUUCGGAAACGGGUUUGCGGCGGGUCCGAGUAGCCCGUUUCGGCGUGACUUGGGGGCCCAAUCCAGAAGUGGCGAUGAUCCGAGAGCUUCCAAGUAUAUGAGGACUGGCGGGGGUUAUGAGAAUGUGGGGUUUAGGCAAGGCGGCGGUGAUAAUGUGGGUCAUAAGCAUCUUCAGGUCGACCAGGCUGCGUUGAAGAAGGCAUUUCUGUACUUUGCGAAGGUGAUUAAUGAGAAUGGAGCGCAGAAGAAGAUUUACAUAGAGGAUGGGAAGCAGGGACGGCUUAAUUGUCUUGCUUGUGGCACCACUGGCAGGUCUGCAAAAGAUUUUCCGGAUAUGCAUAGUCUCAUCAUGCACAGUUACAACACGGACAAUGCGGACAUUCGUGUGGAUCACUUGGGCUUACACAAGGCUUUGUGUGUUUUAAUGGGGUGGAACUACUCAAAGCCUCCUGAUAACUCAAAGGCAUAUCAGUUCCUUUCCGCUGAUGAAGCAGCAGCAAAUCAAGAUGACUUGAUUAUGUGGCCGCCCAUGGUGAUAAUUCAUAAUACGCUUACAGGAAAGAGUAAAGAUGGCCGCAUGGAGGGUUUGGGCAAUAAAGCUAUGGAUAGUUAUAUACGAGAUCUUGGGUUUGGGAGUGGCAAGUCGAAGUCCCUGUACGGUAGAGAUGGACAUUUGGGAACAACUUUAAUCAAGUUUUCAGCUGAUGAAGCGGGCCUCAAGGAGGCCUUGCGAAUGACAGAAUUCUUUGAGAAGGACAAUCAUGGACGCAGGGCUUGGUAUCAUGUACAACCGCUCACGUUGGGCAAUAAGGAUGAUGAGAACAAUCCUUAUCUUGUGAAGUUAGAUGAAAAGACUCGGGAAAAGAAGAGAGUCCUUUAUGGUUAUCUAGGAACUGCUUCUGAUCUCGAGAAAGUUGAUUUUGACACGAGAAAGAAGGCUGUGAUUGAAAGCUGGAGAGAAUUCAAACCUCCUAAGUAGAGUCCCGUGAGAUCCAAGUGGUUUCAUGAUGUGGAAGGUAAUGAAAGAUUUUUAUGGCAUCAUUCUCUAGUGUCAGGAGCAGUGAAGCCUAAAAUGCCUAUUUAUUAUUGUUGAAAAUGUAAUGGCCGAUCUUAGGUGAUACAGGAUAAUUCCAGCCAGCUCCAGCUUGCAGUAAUGAUUUAGACAUAAGAGUAGAAGUUCACAUCAAGAAAAAGAUUGAUUGCUGCUUGUAUGGUUCUGAACUACUUGUCAUCCAACGUCAGAACAAAUAAUAUCGUAGCAUAAUUGCUGAAAUUAACUUUCGAUGAGCUUGUAGCCUUUUACAAUGUUCAGACUAUCGGAAGUUGAAUUCACCAGAACCAGUCGAAGAUUUUCUUUCCACCAUUUUAAUGGAAUGGGAACUAGUUUGAUUGUAUCCACAGGUUAUAUGUUUUUGCCAUGUGAAAUGGCCAGUUGGGCUGUCCCCUCUUUCCCAAAUUCUGACAGCAUAUUCGGAGGGGUCAUUCUCUACAUUAUGCUUCUAAAGAGUUGAGGAAAAUGAAAAUAAUUUGUUCUUCAA